UCUAGGCAGCAUGUCAGGACAUGGGACGGACCUGGAGACGAGGUGCACACACAAGCCUUUCAGGACAGUGAGCGGCACAGGCUGUAGGCAGUAGAGAUGAAGGCAGAGGUAGAGUGGGAGAAGACUGGACUGGGGGACAAGGACAAAUACACAGACAAAGAAAUGUGACUGAGCUACUGUUUUAUACCUGUCACAAAAGUUCGAAGGAGUGCUGCUCUCAUGGCUGGACAGACUUCCCAGGAGCCCUUGAAGACACAACAGAAGUGCAUUGCCAUCUUUGCCCUGGUCUGCUGCUCUGCAGUCCUGCUGGCCCUAAUUUUCUCCUCCGUAGACAUUUGGGGGGAUAGUGAGGAUGGAAUCACAGAGGAGAACUGCAGCAGAGACUGUCGCAUCGUUCUUGUGGAGAAUAUUCCAAACAACCUCUUUCUCCCCACGGAUGGCAAACCCAACCUGCCCCUCUCCGCUGGCUUUCACACACUGUUGGACCAGGCAAAGCACUCAAUUGAGCUGGUGUCACCUGUCUGGGACUUAAACUCCUGGGACGUGGAAACAACACCAGGCAUUGCUAAACAGGGUCAGCUUUUGUUCCAGAGUCUGCUCAGCCUGAAAUCUCGAGGGGUUAAACUGAAGAUUGCAAGCAGUCUGAUUAACUCUGCUGAACUGAAGACCUUGGCAGCACAUGAUGCAGAGGUUCAUUUUGUUAAUAUGACAGUUUUUACCAGAGGAGGACUGCAUUCCUCAUUUUGGAUCGUAGAUCGGAAGCACAUUUACAUUGGGAGCGCUGAUAUGGACUGGAGGUCACUUGUCAAGAGAAAAGAACUGGGGGUGAUGGUGUAUAACUGCAGUUGCCUAGCGCUGGACCUCCACAGAGUCUUUUCAUUUUACUGGCAGCUCCAUCAGCGGGACUACAUCCCCUCCAUCUGGUCAAAGAGAGUUACAGCUCUGUACAGCAGACAUGAAGCCCUGGAGCUCCAACUCAACUCUACCCAGGCCUCUGCUUAUGUUUCUACCUCUCCCGAACUCUUCUGCCCUAAAGAUCGAACCAGAGAUAUAGACGCCAUAUAUCAAGUCAUCCAAAGUGCAAAGACAUUUAUCUUCAUAUCUGUGACCGACUACCUCCCUUUGGUGAGCAGGAGAUACAGAGGAACCUCAGUCACAAGGUAUUGGUCACCUAUUGAUGAGGUGAUCAGAGAGGCUGUGGUUCUGAGAAGAGUCACAGUUCGGCUGCUCGUAAGCUUCUGGAAGAAGACUCAUCCCCUCACCUUUAACUUUGUGACCUCCCUCAAGUCUCUGUGCAUUCACCUUCACAACUGUUCACUGGAGGUGAGGUUUUUUAGUCACAAGGACCAAAAGGAUGACAUGCAGUAUUUUCUCAACCACAACAAGUAUGUGGUGACUGACAACGCCUUAUACAUUGGCAACCAUGACUGGGUGGGCAGUGACUUUGCCAUAAACGCUGGAGUUGGACUGGUUAUACAGAUGAAAAAUAGUCUUAAAAACAGUGGUGUGACGAUCCUGGAGCAAGUCAAAGCUGCAUUUGAAAGAGACUGGAGGUCACGUUAUGCAAAGAACCUACAAGGAGGAAAAGAUCAGGACGGCAAAUACAGACACCUGAGAAAGACAAAAAAAGUAAUGGAAACUAAGGAAGAGAAUGAGUGGAACUAUCCUUUAUCUCUUUAAGCACUGAAUGUCUUCUUAUAUCCAACAGAGUCAUAACCCUGAAACUUGCACGUGCUUUAAAAUGUACACCUACGACAAUUAGAAGUAAGGUUGUUUUAAAGACAGUGCUGACAUAAUAUUCUGACCAAUACAAAUAAUAUUAAUUCUAUUGCACUACUUAAUAGUUAUAUGAGCAUGUGCUAGAGCAUGAAUAUUGAAAGAAAGAAAUAUUCAUAUUCAAUUAGAAGAAAUGAUACAGUAUAUGAUAAUAUGUGAAAUUAAUAUGCUCUAUGUGAAACCUAUUUAGAUCCAUAAAUCCACAUCAGACUCAACAAAAUAAAGCACAUUUGAUGUAUUUAGCCUGCAAUUUGAACAUAUGUUUUAGAACAUUCUUAACAUAUUGGAUUUACAUAACAAGUCCAGCCUAUGUUGCUUACAAUUGUACUAAAUGCAGUUUUAACGAUAUCCAGACACAGUCUAAUGCAGUAGUUU